CAUUGUUUGAAAAUGGCGUCUGCCUUGAAUUUUUGUUUGUGGUGGUUGUGUAGCUUUCUGGUCAUUCAGUACAGUAUAUCUAAGGACCAACACAGUGAUAGUUUCACAGAAGAACUCUUCAUAAAACCUUUAUCUAGUGGUCAUGUCUAUAAUUAUUUUCUUUUCACAACAAGAUGGAACAUUGACAGAGCAAAGCAAACAUUCCAGCACUUCCGGCUCUUUCCUCUCUCCCUUGGUGAAAUUGUGAGCCAACAGCGGGUCCAGGAACUACACCUGUCCUUGACACAAGGCCGCUGGCAGCAUCUCAAGUGGGGCUACCCUUUUCAGGAGGCACCACCCGGAGCUCAUCUUUGGGCUUGGUUUGCCCCUGACACCCUGAGUGUUUCCAGUGCUUGGAAGAACUUGACAAAUGCUUUGUCGGGCCAGCUGUGUGCAUCGCUCAACUUUGUUGAUGAUACAGUGACUGUGAGUCCCAAGCGAUCUUUCCAACCUCAAGGAUGGGUUCGCUCAGCAAACUCAUCACUUCUGCGGUAUGCUGCCUUGCCACGCGAGUCUGUCUGCACAGAGAACUUGACUCCAUGGAAGAAACUUUUACCAUGCAGCAGCAAGGCUGGACUUGCAACAUUGCUGCAUGCCCUGCAACUGUUCACAGCGAACUACAUGUCUCUGGCUCUAGACCUGAAGACUGUCUGCCAGGAUGAAGAUUGUGUGCAUGCCACCCUGGAGCUCCAGAUGUCAGUGUCAUUGGUGUUUGAUACUGUGGCAGCACAAAAUGGAUACCAGACAUGGUCUCUGAGCAAGUUAUUUGGAGCUGGAAUCAAGACUUCGUGCCCUUUAUCUUCCAUGAGUACCAUCUACGUUGAUAUAUCUAAUAAUGGUAGUGUAGGAACGUACCGGCUUAGUCCUGAGCCCACACAGCUAGUAGUCUCUGGAGAGGGAGCUCACAAGCGCAGCCUGGCCAUUUAUGACCUCAAGCACCACGUGGCCCAGGGGCGUCUCAACCUAGCCGCCCAGUAUGAAAAGCCCCACAUUUUCUGGCUUAUCCCAGAGCCGCCCCUGCACAUCACCCGCUACAUUCAGGGUUAUGGUCUCGAGCGAGGUGGAAUAGUCAAUCGUAUCCAGAACAAUAACCCUACAAAAGCUGUCCGAGUUGUGCUGCUUGACAUCAUUCCCUGGUUCCUCCGCGUGUACCUGCAUACAUUGAAGAUUUCCUCAGGUCCAAGGCAGCUGAAAGCAGAGCAUGUAAGCUACCAGCCAGGUCGUGAUCGAGAGAGGCCACACCAUCUGGAGCUUACCCUCAUUCUCCCUCCGGCAGCAGAGACAAUUGUGGCAUAUGAAUUUGAGCGAGCCUUCCUCAAAUGGACUGAAUACCCUCCCGAUGCCAACCAUGGCUUCUAUAUUGGAUCAGCUGUGCUUAGCGCCCUUCUGGAUGAACCUGUUGCCAACUACAGUGGUGACAUCUCAGUCUGCCCCAGUCUGAGGCAUUGUAUUACUGGAACAGCAUCAGCACUUGAUGCAAAAGACAGUCCAGGAAAGCAGUUUGUGCGCAUCUACACUGAGACCUUGCUGGUAUCCCUGCCAACACCUGACUUCAGCAUGCCAUACAAUGUCAUCUGCCUUGCAUGCACCGUAGUUGCUUUGGCCUUCGGUCCCAUACAUAACAUAGCCACCAAUGCGCUGACCAUUGUUGAAGCGAAGAAAGGAAGUGGGGGACUGCUACAGCGUUUGGCAUCCAAGGCAAAAGGAUUGUUUCGUAAAAGCUCUUCAGAAAGUUCUGGAUGUGGCGACAGUUCUGAUCAAGACAAGAAGAACAAAUAACUUGGGCUUUGAUUAUUUAGUUUUACUAAUUACCAGCUUCGUGCGCAUAUUUGUGCAUGUAACCUGUACAUAAAGCGUUACACAAGUUCAAUUACUGUGCUAAUAAAUUUUCUUUU